CAUCCUGUCAAAAAAAAAAAUGUAUUUUGGGCUAUUUGAAGAUCAAGACGUGAAUAAAUUUUUGUGUGAAGUGCAAAAAUGCUUUAUGUUUAUCAAUUUCAUAUCCAUGUAGUUCUCGUAUUGGAAAACUAAGUUUCAAAUAAUAUGUUUCCAAAUUGUCUUUUUGAGUAAAUUGGAAGAUAUUUUUAUUUCAAUUUGCUUUGAAAAUGAGAACAAUGUUUGUACCACAUGAAAAGAAUGGUAAAAAGAAGUUCCAAAAACCAAACAUACUCAGAAAAAAACCAAAGCUUGCAGCAAAACCAAAUGUGCUCGAAGCCUUUGAAUCUCCUGAUACUGCAUCUUUGGUCAGUGAAUGUUUUAUAAAAGAAACAACAGACGAAACUCAAUCUGAAGGCAUGGCGACAUUAAGUCUUCACUCUCACUUGGAGCACCAAACACCAGCCACUAGAGAUGAACUAAACAAUGAAUUACAGAUGCCAUCAGAAAGUACUGAUCAUAAAUAUAUUUUCAAUAAUAAUGGAAUGUUAGAGUCAGAAGGUUUAGGAGAGAAUGUGCAAUCAAAAAGCAAUGAAGAAAAUUGCAAUGAAGCACUUGUUAACAUAGAAUCAUUUUUUAGUGAUGCCACAGCAGAGAAUGUCAUGCUGUAUGAUAUAGACUGUGAUCCAGGAACAUCAAUUGAAGCAUUGGUAGUUAUAGAUAAUGAAUCCCCAGUGUCAAAUGUGUUGAUGGAGCACACCCAAGAUGAAGUCAACAACAGCCUGCCCUUGUCAACCGUGUCAAAUGAGUAUCCAGAUUUAAAUCAGACUGAUCGGCCAGCUGCAUCUCACCUUCAAAAUUUCUAUUCACAGUUUACUCCUAUUAAAUAUCAGUGUAAGGUACCUAAUUGCAAUAAAGAAUUCAGGAGUGAGCAAAAAUUUAAGAAGCAUCAAAAUACUCAUUGUGAGGAUGGGUCCAUAAGAGCGCCGCGGCAAGUAACCGUGGAAUGUCCCGUAAAGCGGAUAGAGGCUGAUGGUACAGAACAGUCGUGCGGCAAAAUAUUUCUUGUCAGAGAUCAGUUGAUCAAACAUUUGAAUGAAGAUCAUACUUUGGAUGAUGCAGUAUACAGGUGCGAGGAGUGCGGGCGGUGUUUCUUCUGGUCGUCGGGGCUGCGUGCCCACGUGCGCGCGCACUGCCGCCAGGCGGCGACGGCGGGGGCGGGGCCGGUGGGGCGGGGGGCGGGGCGCGCGCGGGCGCCGCUCGUGUGCGCGUGGGCCGGCUGCGGCCGCGUGUUCCGCCAGCCCUGCCGCCUGCGCGAGCACGCGCGCGCGCACACCGGCGACCGGCCCUAUCCCUGCGACUACCCUAACUGCGGCUGGUCAUUCCGGUCGGCCAGCAAGCUGAUGCGGCACGCGCGGCGACACACGGGCGAGCGCAAGCACGCGUGCACGGCGUGCGACCAGGCCUUCCUGCGCCGCGAGCACUUGCGCGACCACGUGGCGCGCUACCACGCGCUGCGCCGCGCGCACCCCUGCCACCACCCCGGUUGUGAACAAACCUUCAACAACAUGAGCACGCUGUAUCUGCAUAUGAAGAAAGUGCACAAGAAUAAAGACAGCCCGUCAGCCACAACCACCAGCGAAACCGAAUCAUUCUUCACGCUCGAGAAGACUGAUGAUAAUAUGUUUUUGGUGAACGUAUCGCCCGAGUGUGGUUUGUCGGACGACGUAUCGGCGGAGGGUGGCUUGGCUCUGGCGGAGACGGGAGCGGAGAAGUUAGCGGAGGUGGGAGCGGAGACGGAAGCGGAGACGGAGGCGGAGGGCGAGUGGCACUCGGCGCGCACGCACUGCACGUGGCCGCUUGAGGGCCGCGCGGGGCACUGCGACAUCAAUGACGAUGAUAAUCUGCUCAAAGAUGAUUCACAUGUCGAGCAGUUGGAAGGUUCCGAGAGCAACACUUACACUGUGCGGAGCGAUCUGUUUCUCCAUGGAAAUGUUAUGAUAAAUGACGAUAGCCAGCACAUGGGCGCGUGCGUGGGCGCGGAGGGCUCGGGCGCGGGCGCGGGCGCGGGCUCGCCGCUGGGCGCCGGCCUGGGCCUGCUCGACGCGCACCCCACCAUCGAUCUCAUGCAGCGACCGGAGCCGGCCUGGGCCUGCUCGACGCGCACCCCACCAUCGAUCUCAUGCAGGUGCGUUCGAUUGUCAGCCUUACUACAACUACAUAAGGUGCUGCUGUGUUUCAAGUCACUACGGCCGCCCGUCGCAGACUGA